AUGAAAUCGAUUAAUUCUUUUAUCUCAAGUGGCUCAACAACUUUUGAUGGUGUUACUCCAGAUCUGAACCCUUCAUACUACUCAUUAGAUGGUACUAAUGGAAUGUAAGCAUCCAUUGAGUCGAGAUCAGCCAAUUAGAGCUUAGACUACUAUAUUUAAACUUGGAUAAAAAUUAAAACCAAUUACAACCAGAAUGAUUCAGCAAGAAAUUAAAGUCUAAUAUAAUUUGGAAACUCAUUGAGAUGUGACUUUUUCUUCAACAACUCUCUGAUUUGCUAGUCGUUUAUGCUGCUUAAUGGUGUUCAAAUUAAUUUUGGUAACCUAGCAAAUUAACGCCGAUCCUCCCUUAGUUUGGAUUUAAAAGACUUAGAAUUAAACACAUGGGUUCAUCUUAGCAUCGGAGGAAGCAUAAGAUAAAAUUUAACAUAUCUAAGAUUGGAUUACCAAGAUUAGACAUUAAGAAAUAUUAAUGGUACUUAUUUAGUUCUUCAUCUGAAUCAAACUAUGUCAAAUUUUUCCUUAGGCACUACAAACUCCUCUCGUGAUGGAUUCAUUGGAGAUCUCAGAGAGAUUUCUAUUUUGAACACAUUUGUAAACUAAACGAACGUUAUAAGAGUUAUGCAUUAAUACUUUACAUGGGAUUUUAUAAUCAUGGCAUACUAUAGAUUGCAGAAAGGAAAUUUAUUAGAUGACUUCAGACAAUACAUGAGAAUAUUUCUGAUUUCACCUAAAAACAUCACACCAACUUGGAGUAAUGAUUUUAUAGCUAAUGAUGUAUGCUAUUCUUUCUUUUCAGUUUCACCUCUUUUAAGGAUCAAUUCAACUUAAAUGUCUGCUGUAAAUACAACCAUUGAUCCUAGAAUGAGUAAUUCACUUUCUGCUUAUUUAUAUUCCGUUUCUAUUUGGAUGAGACCAAUGCCUGGAAUAAUUACAAAUUAAACCUACAAUUCUUCAUAAGCAUUCUUGACUUUGAAUGGUUCCUUUAGUGUUUGGUUUUCUGACCCCAAUUACAUAAGAGUAAUGAUAUUUUCAACUGUAGCCUCGGCUUUUAAGAUUACUAAUUCUAUUUUUAUCCCAUACAAUUAAUGGUCUAACCUCUAAUUUGUCAUUGAUAGAAACGGCAAUAGUUUUGAGGCUAAAGUAUAUGAUCUCUAGAGAAGAGUGAUGAGUGAAAUGACUCAGAGUUUAACCUUAUCAAAUUAAUCACCAACAAGAGUAUUUACUUUGUUUAAUAAUUACUUUGGAUACAUCAAAUCAGUAAUGGUUUACUAAAGCAGGAAAGCAUUUCCAAUGAGUGCAGUUGCUGGUCCAUCCACGAUUGUUGCUGAUAACAAUUUAAUCGUUUACUAUAAAUUUGAUGAGCAUAAUUUCAGAACUUCUUAAUUGCUUGCUCUAAAUAACAAUACCUUCAAUGUUACUGGCUCAAAUAUUACUUUUAACAAUAAUACUCUUUAAUUUGAUGGUGUAUUUUGGGAGGAGAAUCUUAACUAUACAAAUACAAGUAAUCUUGGUACUAUAAAUUAGACUAUCAAUUUAUAUGACGGUCUAGCUUGCAACGAUUCUAGACUACUUUACAAUUUUUAGAAUAAAACAUCUUACCUAAGUUAUUAAGUCUAAAGCUUAAAUGAAGAUAUGUAUGAGGGCACUGUAGAAUUAUGGUUUAGAAAAUCCUAAUAUACAGCAGAGAAGAAUUAUUUAUUGUCAAUUUAUUCAGAUAAAUCUAACUAGGAGUACUUUAGUCUUUACUAAAAUGAUAACAAAACAGAAUUAACUUGUAAGCCUAGUCAAUCAACUGAUAUUGAGUUUAACUAUAGAGGUUAUAUGCCAAUAGUCUCAGGCUGGUAGCAUAUUGCUUGCAAAUAUCAAUCACAUUAAAUAGUUACUGGACUAUAUACAAACUAAAUAAAUGAGCAGUUUUAGGAUACAGUAAACGCUUUCAAUAAGCUAAUAGUAAUACCAAAGGGAACAUAUAAAUUAAUAGUUGGAAAUAAUUAUGAACUAAACAGGGGCUAGGUCGGUACUCUAAUUAAGGAGGUAAGACUUUGGUCAGUAUUUAGAAGUGAUUACGAUAUUAUUUAAUCAAGAUUUAGACAGCUAGGCCAAACUUAAUAAACAGGAAUCAUAGCAUAUUUCAGAUUGAACUCUGGAGAUACCGAGAUAUAUAACUAUGCUGCUUCAAGUUAGAUUAAUACGAUUACUACUAAAAAUGGCUUGACUUUAAUUCAAGAUUAAUCAGUUCAUUUAGUAUGUCCAUUGAAUAGCUACUUUAAUAACUUGACCAAAGAAUGUCAAAGAAAUCCAUUUAUUGAAUAAAAUAUUGUUGUUUUGCCAAAAUUUGGUAUAAACAAAACGAUUGAUGUUUACCUAACAUCUAAUUAUAGUAAUCUGCAUAGUACUGUUAGCAUUGACUAACUUAAGUAUGAAUGGACUAUGGUAAAUAAUACAUCAAAAUACCCUAUUUCAAAUUUAGAUAGCUCUUAAGAAACCCUAACAAUUAGAAAUGUAUCCAACAUGACUGGAAAUCAAAGCUAUAUUUAUAAUCAAAAGAUAUUUGGCCAGUCAAAUUCUUUCAUUCAGGAAAAGUAAACCUCACUGCUGUUUAACAAUUGCUCAAUCGUUGUUGAUAAUAAUACUAAUUAAACAGUGACCAGAUUAGAUUACUACGAUAUUAUGCCUGGCCAGCAAGAUAUUACUAUCACUAUUAAGGAUCUAAACAUGACAAUAUGCAACAACUUGGAGAGAAAUCAAAGCUUACACUAGUUUUUAAGCUAUAAUGUGUUCCCCAUCUCAUCAUUUGUGGAUUUAAUAGUUUACAAUUUCAACCAAACACAAGGAAUAUUCAAUGUAACUAUAUAAAAGUAGUAGUAAAAUAGCUGGGUAAUGGACUCAAGGAUAUAUUUUCAAUUAAGAGUGUUUUGGAAUGUUACGGAACGAUCUAGUGAUGGUACUAUCAUUACUUACUCUGUCUAUUAAGACCUGAUAUAUAUAAUUAAUUUCUAGAAGCCCAUCAGCCCUAAAAUUUCAGCUUCACCUUCAUUUAAUGUGCUUCUAAGUGAGAACGUUACUUUAGAUCCCUCACUUUCGUAUUAUAUGAAAACUUCAUCAUAAAUUGAAAGGAGUGCACUAUCAUUCUAAUGGACUUGCCCCUUGGUAUUCUAGCAAGUAUGUCUUGGAAGAACUAAAAAUAAAUUUUUGAGCUUAUCAUAUCAAGAUUUUGCUCAGUUUAAUGCUCUUUUUAAUAAUCCUUAUGAUUUUAAAUUAACUAGUUGGAAAUCUACAGACUAAGAUUCUUCAUUUAACUAUACCACAUCAAUUCCUGUAAUUUUCCUUGACUAUUUAAGACCAAAAUUUAAAAUGAUUAUCGUAGGAAGAGAUUAACUACUAGCCACUUAAAAUAAUACAUUGCAACUAAAUUUACAAAAUUAUGAUUUCAAUUAUAAAUCUCUAAGCGUGUCAUGGUCAGUUGAUUCAAAGAUAGAUGCUAAGUACCUUAGCUUCACAAAAAAUAAUACAAUCCUAGUAAUAGGGAAAGGAGCUCUGAAUAACAACACUGACUACUAAUUUAAUAUUACAGUAGUUAAUUAAGACUACAUAGAGGCAUAAAGAACUAUUUCAUAAUCAUAUAGGACCGGGAUUCCACCUCUAAAUGGUUCAGUAGCGAUUAAUCAAUCAGAAGGAUUUUCAUUUUAUACAAACUUCUCAUUAUCGAUCGCUAAUUGGUCUAGCAAUAAUUUGCCAAUAAAAUAUAGAGUAUUUGGGAUUUUCAACAAAAGCAACUAGAGUUAUCCUAUAACUUAAGACUAUGUACUAAGUAAUUAGAACUUUACUACUCAGCUACCAGGAAUAUAAAGACUUAUAUUUGAAGUUACAGAUGCAUCAAAUGAGAUUCAGACGUUAUCUCUCAAUGUAACAAUGAAAAAUUUAACCACUCAAACAGUUUAAGACGCUUUGUCAUUUUACCUUUAAUAAAAUCAAGAGUCGAUGUUGUAAAACUUUUAGUUAAUUUGCUAUUAGUUACUAUAAAAUGAUUCAAUUCCUAUGAGUUAAAUUUUAGAUGGUUAGAUGACCAUGCUAAAUGCAAUUGACAGUAUUACCUCUUAAUACACAAGUAUUUUAGAUAAUGAUGAUAUAUCUCUACAAUCUGUAAAAAAUGUAUCAAUCAUAAUGAAUAUCCUCAACAUGAUCACUAAUAUUUCUUACCCAACCAAUGAUACUCAUAUUUUAAAGUCUCUUAAGAUUCUUAAAUAGCUAAAAAUAAAAAAUUAGACAUUUAUUUAUCUGAUGAAUUCACCCUAAUUUGUUAAUGACUAUCUGGCAUCUAUCAGUAAUAUGAUUAUAUAUACUGAGAGUAGAUCUUAAGAUUUCAAGGUUAUAUCAACUUUGAGACAAUUAUAAUCUGAGAAAAAUUAUAGGAUGCUGCAGAUAUCAAAUGCUACUACAUAUUUUCUAACAAUGACUUAAAUACGAAAUUUUAUGAAAGACUUAAUAUCCUAACAGAAAGCAUUUCCAAAUUAAUAUUGUGAUGCUCUUGUAUAAGAGAAUUAACAAACUAAAUAUUUAUUCUAAAGCAAUUCAUUCUAGUUUGUUAUUGAACAGAUUCCAGCAUAUCAGUUUGUAAUUAAUAGAACUUAUAUUAAUCCAAGAUAAGAUACUUAAGUCAGUCUACCAAUUAAACAAUUAAUAGCUAAAUCCCAAAAAAGCGAAUUUAGUGAUCUUUGUAUAUAAGUUACUUAUGGAUAUUUUAACCCUUUGAUUGGCCAAACUUUUAUAAAUCAAACAAUUAGUACUGAAAACAGCAUGGUAGAAAUUAGCACACUUGAUAACUUAGGCAAUAGACUAUUAGAUUCUUCUAAAACAUUAUAAGGUGAAUUAACAAAUGGAACUAAUAGAAAUUCAAUUUUCAACAUCACUUUUGAUUUUAAGUUUGAGGAAGAGAAAUUUAACUUCAAGAAUAAUUAAACAGUAUGCAUGCACAUUAGAAAUGAUUAUUAAGAUUACUCCAAAACAGAUUGGACUUGGGAUUAAUGUGAGACCAUUUAUUUGAAAGAUAAGAAUUAGAUACUUUGUUAAUGCUCCUCAUUAGGACUGUAAUUCUUUGCGAUUGGAAAUGAUUAUAAUAGAAUCUUAGUAUUAGAACCCAAAUCUCUCCUUGAAAAGCUCUUCGAUUAUUUCAUGAAAUUUGAUCUAUCAAUCUUAGCUAUAGUUUUUUGCAUUAUUUUCCUUAUUCUUUUAAUGCCUUUUGUUGCAAUAUGCCUUGAUAAGAGUGAUUAUGCUGACUUAAAAACAAAUAAAUUUGUAAUAACUGAUGAAUUUUUGAGAAAAAUUGCUCAGAAAAAGAAUCUACCUUAUUAAUCAGUUAUAUAUAGCAAAUCAAGAUAUGAUAGUUAUCUAUAAAUAGAACAAUUAGAUUGCUGGUAGCUAUAUAAAAUCUUUAUAUGCGAAAUCCAUCCUUUCUUUAACAUUUUUUACAAAUUCGACUUUGAGUUGAAGAGACUAAUAAGAUUGAUGUUCCUUACUUUUUAGGUUUGUACUGUCGCGAUUAUUUGUGGUCUAGUAUUUGGAACCACCUACCGAGUUGAUGAAUAGGAUGAAGAAAAAAGGUCAUUACAUCUAGAUACCACUGAUGAACAAAAUGGCAUAAUAGCUGGUGCUAUCUUAGGAGUUUUGCUAUUCCCUACAAUUGGCUGUCUUAUUAAUAAUUGCAGAAGUAAACUCGUUUAUGCAAGCAAAACUAAAAAAGGAGAAAAAGUAGAAGGAGAGUAGCAAACAGAUAAUGAUAUAGUAAGAAGUAGAUUGAAAAAUAAAAAGCAACCGCAAACUUUGCAAAAAUCUAAGAAAAAAAGUGACAAUGAUGAUGAGGACUUUGAAAACAUUAAUGAUAUAGAAGAUGGUAAAAAUUAACAUACAGUAGAGAGAUUAAGAUAUAAGGAGGAUCCCUCCCAGCAUGAUAAAAGUUAUCUAUAUAGAGAGGAUCAUACAAGCAUAUAAAUAAAUUCCAUAACAAUUGAAGAGACUGUUGUAGCAGUUGAUAAAUGUCUCUGCUGUAAGGUCUUUAUGCUUAUACUUUGUGGCAUCUACUCUAUUCUUGCAAUGAUAGCUGUUUGCUUGGAAAGUGGAGCAAAUCCAAAAGCACACUCUCUAACUAUGAUUAUAGCUUUUUGGACUGCAGUUUUAGUUAGCUUUUUCAUAUAUAAUAUGGUGCUCAUAAUGUUUACUGCAAAAAUAACUCCUGGCUAUAUAAAAUCUGAGCUUGACUACGAUGGUGAUGUGCCAUACUAUUACAAAUUCUUAGGAUUUUUAUUUGUACCUGAUGAUGCCAAAAAUAUAAUGAGAGACAUGUUCCUUAUUUACGAAUUAAAUAGUUUAGAAUAAUAGUAGAAUUAGUAAAUGAACUAAAGUAUCAGAAAGGAUCCUUAGGAGAAGCCAGUCUAAGCUCGUAGCAACAUGCUUAUGAACUAAAAGGCAAGUUAAGUUGCAGCUGAAACUAAGACACAAGAAUAACAAGAAAUAAAAAAACCAAAGAGCUCUAAAUAACAAAGAUUCGCUGAUGGUCCUCUUGAUAUAUCAUCGAAAUAACUAUCACAGAGAUAAAACAUUAAAUAAUUAGAUUCAUCAGAUGGAAGUUCAUCGAAGAAGGAGAAGUAAGGAGCAAAGACUCAUAAGAGUAUCGGCCGAUACGUGGAGGAUUCAUCUAUGGAUAUGAAAAACUCAGAUGAUGAAGAUUAAAAAUUAUGA